AUGAACAGAUAUGUAUUGUGGGAAGGACAGGAAACUGCUGUUCCAGACUCGAUCGAAAGGCAGGAGCUGUUACAAGUGAGGAUGAAUGAGGGAAAUAUUCUUCUUGGCAAUCGAGCAACCAGAUCAUUCAGCUCUCUACCGUACGUCGACAUAUCCAGGCCUCAGAUUGAAGCUCUUGAACUUUUCCGGCUUGUGGUCGACGUUUCAGUUCGGGAGUACUCUCGGCUAAACCGUCGCAAGCCCGAUGUGCCUGAAAAAACUCUUUCAAAAAAAAGUAUUAUAAAAUCAGCAUUCCAAAAAAGUUCCGCAAUCUCAAUCAUUGGAUUGAGAUUGCGGAAGUUUUUUGGCUAG